CAGCAACAGCUCUACAUUGGCUCAGCCACUGGAGUUUCACAGCUUCCUUUGCACCGCUGUGACGUGUAUGGAAAAGCAUGUGCUGAGUGUUGCCUUGCACGAGACCCUUACUGUGCCUGGGAUGGUUCAUCUUGCUCACGUUACUUCCCCACUGCUAAGAGACGUACUAGGCGACAAGACAUCCGAAAUGGUGACCCACUCACCCACUGCUCAGACCUGCAGCAUCACGAUAACCCAAGUGGUCAGACCCUGGAGGAAAAGAUUUUCUAUGGAGUGGAGAAUAGCAGCACUUUCCUUGAGUGCAGUCCAAAAUCUCAGCGUGCUGUAGUCUACUGGCAGUUCCAGAAGCAAAAUGAUGAUCGCAAGGAAGAGAUAAAAGUGAAUGAUCACAUAAUCCGGACAGAACAAGGCCUAUUGCUCCGAAGUCUUCACAGGAGAGACUCUGGUGUCUACUUUUGCCAUGCUGUGGAGCAUGGCUUCAUGCAAACUCUGCUCAAAGUGACCCUGGAAGUGAUCGAUACUGACCACCUGGAAGAGCUGCUCCAUAAAGAAGAAGAUGGUGAUGCUUCCAAAAGCAAAGAUGCUACCAACAGCAUGACCCCCAGUCAAAAGAUCUGGUAUAGAGACUUCAUGCAGCUAAUCAAUCACCCCAAUCUCAACACGAUGGAUGAGUUCUGUGAGCAGGUUUGGAAAAGAGACCGCAAACAACGCCGGCAGAGACCUGCCAACGCCCAGGUGAACACAAAUAAGUGGAAGCACCUACAAGAGAAUAAAAAAGGUAGGAACAGGAGGACCCAUGAAUUUGAGAGGGCACCACGGAGUGUCUGAGCAACAUUACCUCUAGGAACCUCAUCCAAGUAGAAACUUGUAUAGACAGAUAACUGGAAAAAAAUGCAAUAUUCAUGAACUUUUUCAUGGCAUUAUGUGGAUGUUUACAAGGGUGGAAAGCUCAAACAAUUUCCACUAGGUUUAAAUAAAAUCCAUUUCUAACUUUCCUAGCAAGUCCUUCCUCUCUGCUCUAAGACCACAAAGACCAGAGUUUCAAGGAUAAUAACUCACCUGGACCUAACUUACUGCUCAAAAAAGUUCUGCAAGUAUUCAGCAGCAAGUUUUGCUUUCUCUUUUGCCAGAGAUGAAAACAAAAUGCUGUUUCAUGCUGUCAUCUUACAGAAAAGAGAGACAACCCCUCACCUUUCAUCAUCAGCACUACCAUUUCUAGACUUAUAUAUAAAACUGCAUGAACUCAUUAAGCUGGUGAACGUCUAAACAUGUGAUUGGACACAAGGAUUUUGCUCUUGUUUUGUCUACCAGUUCUCCUGUUUAUAUGUACUAGAAGAGGAAAAACAAUACUGAAUGAGAUUGUUUGUGGAAAUCUGACCAACAUAAGCCAUCCAUCAUCUGGAAGAACAAAAAACUAAGUGGAGUACACUGGCCUACUACUGAUGACUUCUUUCAGCUUUGAUCUAAAGAUGUAUUUUAUUAAAACUUAUAAUUUAAAUGUACCAUGAAAAAUAUGCAGCAAACAUUAGCUCCUUUCUAAAAUAGAUUAGACUUUUUGUCUUAGAAAUAUUGUACUUUCUAAUUAUUGGUUUAGAGGAAGCAAAAAAAAAAGACAAGUUCCAAUUAUGAGCUGCUUUACUCUUUUGUUUGGAAAAAACUUCCAGGGGAGCUAGUCACACUGCAGUUAACCUCCUCCCCUUGCAGUAAUCUAUAUGACAUGUAACUUCAAAGCAAUUUUAAAAGUAAGCUAUUUUACCAUGAAAGUCACUGUAUAGCAUGGAAGUAUUCUGCAUUGUUUUUCUAAGUAUGGUAUCUGAAACAAUUCCACUUGUAUAAUACCUUGCUAUGGACUGAACCAAUGAAGGGGAAAGCAUUGAUUUUCAGUUGUAUAUUUUUAGGUUUUUUUAACGAAAAGAAAAAGCAAACAGCAUUAAAAUAUCUUCUGCUAAUU